AUGGGUCGACAUCCGUUUGGGAGCCAACUCAGAAGGCCGAAACCCGGCUAUGUAACUACCGCGGUCGGCGAACGUACUAACACUAGCUUUGAAAUCUUUAUUGCUCAAAUUACUGAUGGUACUUUCUGUGAGUUAGGAUUUUUUUUUUAGCCUAUUUUUAGGUAAUUCAGGAGGAUUUUCGGAAGUUUCUUUGAUUUUAGGUAGUUUUGAAGAAGGAUAAUAUUAUUUUUACAUUUUCUUCUUCUCCUCAAGCUGAUUUUUAUAAUUUUCUGCGAUUCCAUAAAGUUUUGAAAAUGGAUAAUAAUAUUUUUAAAGUUUUAGUUUGAAAAACGAUGAAAACAUUAAGUUAUUUUCAUGUUUUAUUUGAUUUUAUAAAUUUUAUCUGUUUUUCAGGCGAAAUUGGCGUAACCAGAGUCGAUGGUCAAGACUACAUUGUCAAAAUGACUCGAACCAAACAUUCGUACGAACGUGAGGUAAGUUUAUAUUUUUGAUUAGUUUCUUUGAUGUUUAGGUAAGAAGAUGUUGCUGAAGAUUUAUGGUCGAGUUUUGGUGCUAUUGAAGUUUUUUGGAGUGGGAAAAUUGAGAAUUCAGGCUUUCGAUGUUAAAAAAUGGCAAAACAGAUAAUUUUUGUUGUAAAACAGCAAAGUUUCAAGGGUUUUUAUCAAUUUUUUAACAGAUUCACGUUAAAAUAACUUUUUUAAAACAAUUCUGUAUAUUUUAGAGCAUCUUUAGAUAUUCUAAAGCUAAUUUAGAUAUGUUAGAGCUACGUUUUAUCUAUAUUAACCUUCUAACUCCAUGUUAUUGUAGGUACAAGUACUGUUGAGACUGAAGCGAUCAAAGGUUAAGGCCGGACCGGAUUUGUUUGACUAUGGUUUUGUGGAUUAUCGUGGAGGGUACUACUUUGUCGUGACAGAGAUGUUGUGGUUCGAUUUGGACGAAAUUCAUCGACUUGGACGUUUUUACACCAAGCAGACUCAGCUGAGGUUGGCUAUUGGGGUAAGUCUUCGUUUUUCUUUAUUUGAGUGAUUUUGUAGGUAAUAAAGGGUUUUUGAAUGUUUUUUAUGUGAUUUUAUAUUGCUUUUCAGAAGAUCAGAGCGCUUCAACGGCUUCACGAAAACGGUGUUGUAGUAAGUGAUAUUAAAAAUGCCAAUUUCUGCUUCACCAGACCUGAUUCCGAGGAUCCAUUCAAAGUUUACUUUGUUGACUUUGGCCAAGCCACUUUUUACGAAAAAGAAGACAUGAUCGACAUGGAGGACUACAUUUAUGGCCAGAAUCUCAGAUAUGAUCGGUUGUCUAAGCUUAAUCGCUCCAGAAGUUAUGUUGUAUCACCUACGGUAAGGUUUUUUAUUUUUUUUUGUUUUAGGUAGGAAAAGGUGGAGAUAUUGAAAAAAAGCUGUUUUAAGAGUUUUUUAUACCUAAAAUUUGAAAAAAGUUAAAUUUUUUACAGGUCCGCGUGCCCUACGACGAUCUGGAAGCCUUCUUGUAUGUAACAGCUGGUGCCAGAACUGAAAUGUUAGGCCAAAAGAUGAAAUGCUUUGAAAUGGAACAUUACGAAGAAACUCGGGAUUGGUUUCUGCACGAAUACCAAGGUGUCUACAGAAUUAUGUGCGAAACUAAGCGAUCCGAAUUCCCACGCUACGACGAUAUUGUGGAAGAGUUGGAGAAGCAGCUGGACAAGCAGGUUUUGAGAGAAGAACGAGUAAACCAUUACAGCAUGUUCACCAGAGAAGGCUACGAACCCAUGGUGGUGGGUGAUCGUGGUGUGCCAACUGAGAUUCGCUGGUUCUUGCCAAACAGACCUCAAAGGUCGGUGGCUUGA